GUUGAUAAGAAAGGUUGCUGCAAUGUGCGCAGGUGGUGGCCAUCGUGGCGGGGUGCUGUUCGUGAUGAUCGCCGUCCCCUUCGUGGUGUGGGAGUGGCGGCCGGGGGCACGCCUGCAGUGGGCCAGCGUUUGGCCGCCUGCGACGCCAGCCCCCCGCCGCACCGGAGGGCGGACCAGGACCACGACCCGGACCCGGUGGCGAGCGCCAGCCGGCGGCACGACUACCUGGACCAGCCGGGGCUGCUGGCGCGCUGGGGCGCGCGAUGGGAGGCGGCGCUUGAAGGCGCGUUCGCGUGGUGGGGCGCGCUGUGCGCCAAGUGGCCGUGGUUGGUGCUGCUGGGCGGUGUGGUAGCGGUGGCGGCGCUGGCGUCCGGCGUCCCGUAUCUCGAAAUCACCACGGACCCCGUGCGCCUGUGGGCGAUGGCGGACAGCCGCGCGCGACUCGAGCGCCAGUACUUCGACGAGACGUUCGGCCCCUUCUACCGCACGGCGCAGGUGGUGAUCAAGGCCAAGGGCCUGCCAACCUUUCGCUACGCCCCCUCCAAGAAAGAGAUGGAGUUCGGGCCCGCGUUCAACAAAAUGUUCUUGCUGGAGGUGAAGAAGCUGCAGAACAGUCUGGAAGACCUGGCAGGCCUGGAGGAAGUGUGCGUGGCGCCCAUAAGGGAGCAGGGCAGCGUUCCCAUGCCGGACGAAUGCGCCGUGCUCAGCGUCUGGGGCUACUUCCAGUGGGGCGGGCCGGUGGAGCCGACGGCGGUGUUUUCGGGCUUCCUCUCAGACGACGCAGAGCCCGAGGACGGCGAGGAAAACGAGGGCCUGCAGCCCUUCCACCGCGCCACCGGCGUCGUCAUCACCUUCGUGUUGCGCAACCACGCCGACCCCGAGAAGAACGCCGCGGCCCUCGACUGGGAGAAGCGCUUCCUCGAGUUCAUGGACAACUGGGACGCCAACGAGCGGCCGAACUUCACUGAGGUGUCGUACACGGCCGAACGCGCGGUGGAGGACGCACUGGCGGCCGGGUCGCGCGCGGACGCCCCCACCGUGGCCGUGUCGUACAUCGUGAUGGUGGCGUACGUGGCGGUGGCGCUGGGGCGGCCCGCGCGCAACAUGUACAACCUGCUGGUGGGCGGCGGUGCCACCCUGGGCCUGGGCGGCGUGGCGCUGGUGCUGGGCGCCGUGAUCCCGUUCCUGGCGCUGGCGGUGGGCGUGGACAACGCGUUCAUCCUGGCGGCGGCGGUGGAGCGCGAGCGCGCGCGCGCCGGGGAGGCGGCGGCGGCGCCGUCGCGCAUCGGCCGCGCCCUGGGCCGCGCGGGGCCCUCGCUGCUGCUGGCCUCGGCCUCCGAGUGCUGCUGCUUCCUGCUGGGCGCGCUCUCCGCCAUGCCGGCCGUGCGCGCCUUCGCGCUCUUCGCCGGCCUCGCCCUCGCGCUCGCCUUCGUGCUGCAGUGCUCCUGCUUCGUCGCCCUGCUCACCCUCGACGCCCGCCGCCGCGCCGCGCGCCGCCUCGACCUCUGCUGCUGCUUCCACGCGCCCAAGCCCGCGCCGCCGCACGACGUGCACGCGCCGCAGGAGAGGCAAUGUAUUUCCCGAAAUGAAAAUGAAAAGUCUGCGAGUUUUAGUAGCACCACGAUAAAAGAAAACAUAAAAUUGGAAUGUGGAGAACAAAUUGCAGACUUUGCACAGAGGACGCGCGCCGCCGUGGUGGUGGCGUUCGUGGCGCUGCUGUGCCUGUCGCUGGCGGCGGCGCCGCGCAUGCGCGUGGGGCUGGACCAGGAGCUGGCGGUGCCCGAGCGCUCGUCGCUCGCGCGCUACUUCCGCACGCUCAAGGAGGACCUGGCCGUCGGCCCGCCCGUCUACUUCGUGGUGCGCGAUGGCCCCGACUACUCGGAUCCCUUGGUGCAGGACCUGCUCUGCGGCGGCGCGCGCUGCCGCCCGGACUCGCUCACCGCGCAGAUCCACAGCGCAUCCAAAAAUCCUGAGGAAUCCUACAUCGCCCGUCCAGCUGCCUCUUGGCUGGACGACUAUUUCGACUGGUCGGCCAUCAGCGACUGUUGCAGAAAGGGCCCGAAUGGAACUUUUUGCCCACAUGAAACAUUGAGCUGCAACCCGUGUAAGAUACAACUGGACCCCGUCGUCCGUCGCCCAAUCAACAUUCUAAUCUUCGAAAAGUUCCUGCCCUUCUUCCUUCGGGACAACCCGAGCAUGCAGUGCGCCAAGGCGGGGCACGCGGCCUACGCAAACGCCGUGGUCCUUAAGGGCUCGGCCGUCGGCGCCUCGUACUUUAUGACCUUCCACACCGUCCUGCGCACCUCCGAGGACUACUACCACGCUCUGGCGGCGGCGCGCGACCUGUCAGCCAACAUCACGCGCACCAUCAACAACGUGCUAGCCGCCGCUGGCCGCGCGCCAGAAGAACCCUACGAAGUCUUCCCGUACAGCGUGUUCUACGUCUUCUACGAACAGUACUUGACCAUGUGGACCGACGCCAUUUUCAGCCUGGGAAUAUCCUUAAUGGCCGUGUUCAUUGUCUCCUUCGUGCUGCUGGGCUUCGAUGUAGGGUCCGCGCUCGUUAUCGUGAUCACUAUUACGAUGAUAAUCAUUGACCUGUUGGGUAUGAUGUACUGGUGGGAUAUUUCUCUGAACGCUGUGUCGUUGGUGAACCUGGUGAUGGCGGUGGGGAUUUCCGUGGAGUUUUGCAGCCACACUGUGCACGCGUUUGCCAAGUCGUCGGAAACCACUCGUACUCGCCGUGCGGAAGACGCCCUCGUCAACAUGGGCACGUCCGUGUUUUCGGGCAUCACGCUCACCAAGUUCGUGGGGAUCAUUGUGUUGGCGUUCGCGCAGUCCAAAAUAUUUCAGGUGUUUUAUUUCAGAAUGUACCUGGGUAUUGUUAUGUUCGGAGCGGCACAUGGUUUGGUAUUUCUUCCCGUGUUCUUGAGCUACGUAGGUCCGACGCCCCGACCGCGGACUCCAGCUCCCAAAGACAUCCUCAUGCUCCCGAGCUCUGCCGACCCAAGUGCAGCGGAUCCCGAGGCCAAAGAGUAAACGUGCCCCGCGAUAUUUGCGAAUCGCGACAGAAACGGGUUAAACACUUUUCGUACAGUAUUUGUAAAGAAGCGUUAUCUCCGAUCGUUAACAAUGCUUAACGAAAGUUUUUAUUGUGUUGGUGUGCCAGAAAAUUUCAGUUACCUGCUACGUUAAACUAUUUUAGAUGAGGCGUUUCUAACGAAAAGUUAGAAUUAAAAAUUAUUUUAAAAGACUCGGAAAAUAUUUUGUAUAAUAUGUAUGCAGUGUAUAUUUUAAAAGAGCUUCCGUGGUUCACAAAGAAUUGGCUAAACAACUAAUGCCACAAAUUCGGACUUGUUACCUUCACGUCCUCUGGAACUCUUAGGUCCGUGGGGGGAAUUUAACAGAAUAAUAGAACAUUAUGAAAAUAAGGAGGCCAAAUGAUAUCAUAUUCCUACUGAGGCCCACAAAACUCUGGGAUUAUAAUUUUACGAACCAAAAGGAACAUGUUGAUACUUGAUUCGGGGUUAAGCUUAAUAAGUAUGCCUUAAUAUAUAUUUUUGUAAAGCAUUUGUAAAAAAACACGAUGUAGAAAAACUAUUUUAUAUACCAAUACUUUCGAAUUGUGAUGUGUGAUUUUGAUUAAAUGAAUGAACACAUGCAAUUGUAUAACUGACUGUACACAAGUAAAUAAUAAAGAAUGUCAAAAUUAAAAUGUGAAGAGUUUAAUUCCAAACCUGGUUCCUGA